AUGUCUAAGCUUCCUCCGCUUCCCGCCCACCUCGACACCUACGAAGGAUGGCAACCCUCGUCCUCGAAUCCGAGGAUUGCAAAGGUCACAAAUCAGAUCAAGCCCGCCGAAAUGUGGACCCACUUUAUCAGUCAACGUCGCCCCGUCGUUAUCGAUGGCUUGCUCCGCGAUCCUGACUUCAAAGCUGCCAAAUGGACCAAUCUUGAAUAUCUUCGGUCAACCGCAGGCCAUGUACCCGUCAAGAUCGAGCCUGUUCACCCCUCCGCAGGUCAUUUCGGCACCUCGGUCAAGCGAAGCAAGGUCAAGUUCUCCGAGUUUCUCCAGACGCUCCAAGAUGUUGAAAGCGCCGGCAAAUGGUACCUCACCACCCAAUAUGUUGACGACGACGAAACCGCCGACUCGUCCCAUCCCUCAACCCCUCACGAUCCCGACAGAGAAGAAGAUGGCUACGAGCCAGAGCUCGACAAUGUCCUUCCCGCUCCCACAAAUGCGCUUUCCAACGACUUUCCACAUCGUCCAGCCCUCCUCGGCAACCUUGUUCUUCAACAAUGUAACUUGUGGCUAGGCAACAGUAAGGAGGGCAAGAGCUCCGGAUUGCAUCACGACUUUCACGAUAACCUCUACAUCCUUCUCUCUGGUUACAAGCGCUUUCUCCUCUUCCCUCCCUCAGCACAUCGGUUCCUCCAUCCUCGUGGCUGCAUCGAUCGGGUCUAUCCCAAUGGUCUUAUCGUCUAUACUCUUCCUGGCGAGCUUCCAUCCUACGUGCCUGUCGCUGGCCGUAAGCCCCAACUACCCAUACGCCCAGAUGGCCUCGUUCCUUCAGAAGCCGCAAGAUGGCGUCGUAAAGCUCGUCUUCGCGUCAAACGUGAGAUUGACGAGCGCGCCGCUGCAGAGGCAGGCGAAGGCUCCCGUCACAAGAGCCAACGCAAGGGAAAAGCAAAGCAGACCCGUCUCCAAGAGCUAGCUGAAGAGGCCUUCCUCCAAGCUGAGGCUGAACUCCGCAUCUGUCGCAUGGACGAAGAAGGCAUCGACCCUGAGGACGACAGCCUAGACGACGGCCCUGACUUUGACGACGACGACAGCAAUCCCGAUCUCGACGGUCUCUUGAACACAAUCAUCGACUUCAACGCCAACCCGCUCAUCGAUUCGUGUGAAGGAAGCCGGUCUGAAGAUGAAAAUGACAGCCAGAGCGACGAUGACGAUGAUGAUGAUCAAGCCCGCCGGCUGAUGGACUCCCUUCCAGCUCCAGUCAAACACAUCGGCAUGGCUGCGCUGGCUGGCGAUCCAGCGUCCAUGCGAAAGCUUCGUGCCUAUCUCGACAGCGUGGCCGAAUCAGAUCACUCUGACGAUGAGUCCGACCAUGAGCAUGCAGACGCGAAUGAUUCGAGCGACUCGGAGGCGCUUGACGACACGUCUUCGGCAGAUAACGAACAACAGCCUGGGCUGCUUGCUCCGUCCCGGCUCGAUCGUCCCAACGGUCUCUCUCACAAACGCAAGAAUGAGCCAUUGUCAGAUGAUGCACAUGACUCCGACAAUCGAGCAGACCAGGAGGCAUCAGACACCAUCGAGUCUAGUGGCACCCCAGCACCCCCAAAGCGAGUCAAAAUCGCUUCGUUGGUUGACACUUUUGGCGCAGCAAGGUCCUUGUCCGGUGAUAGCCAUGCCAGUAGUGAAGAGUCCGACAGCCAGACGCAAGAACCAGAUUUGGGCGAUAGCGACGAUGAUAGCGAGCCCGGCUUCCUUGGCGCCGACUCUGGCUCUGAAUUUGGAGACGUGAACGAAGGAGAAGCUCAACUGGAACGCCUCCUCGCAAUGGCCGAGCAGGAUGCCGAUGCUCAAGCUUCACCCGCUGCCGACGACGGCGAUGAAGACAACGAGCCUCAAAGCUUCUCACGCAUCCCACCACACGUUUUACACCGCUGUCUCAAUAUUCCCGACGACCCAUCUCGACCCAUGGCCAAGCAAAGCCACAGUGGUGCGGGCGCGCGCAAAAACAAAGCCGCCGCGUCCGAGCCGUAUACAGUCGUACCUGGCUGUCCACCGCCCAUCGAGGUGUUCCUGAAACCGGGCCAAAUGCUGUACCUUCCCGCCAGCUGGUAUCAUGAGGUCACGUCUUCGUCACUACCACCUCUAAGGGAUUUAGAGGAUAUCACCGAGCAGAGUGAGGAACCCAGCAAGGUGCAUAUGGCGCUCAAUUACUGGUUCCAUCCUCCCGACGCGCUCGAGUUCGAGCCCGUCGAGUCGAGACAGGGUUUCGAUGCAAAUGGCCAAGGCCGUGCAUCAAGCGACAUUGUCGUCCCAGGUCUUGGCGUUGGUCUCGGCGAAAGCGCCAUCGAGAACCGCGGCAAUGGUACAGGAACCCACGAGAGGCCGUACCGCGAUGCUGAAGUUUGGGAUGAAGUCGCCCAUGCGGUUGCUCAGCAGAUCAAGCUUGCCAAGGAGAGUGUAUCCAGGUGA